AUGGCUUUAGCAAUCCGUCUUUUGCGCCCAGUCGCCAGACCUCUACCACGGACCGCCGCGACGACGACGACGACUACAGCAGCAGCAGCAGCAGCUACUUAUCGUCGCGCCGUGUCACCCGCUUGGCAGCGAAGCGAUCCGACUUGCCGACCCAGCACAUUCAGGACGCUGAUCACGACGGCGUCGUCGGGCCAGCCUAGGUCAUCCAGACGCGGCGGAUCGAAAGUGUUCAAGUCGGCGGACGAGGCCGUGGCAGAUGUGCAGUCCGGGUCUACCAUUCUCAGCUCCGGGUUCGGCCUAUGCGGCGUGGCAGAGACGCUCAUCCUCGCUCUGAACCGUCGAGGCGUCGGCUCCCUCCACUCGCUCACGGCCGUAUCCAACAAUGCCGGCGUAGAGGGGAAGGGGGGGCUGGCCAUCCUGACGGGGGCCGGUCAGGUGGACCGGCUCAUCCUGUCGUUUCUGGGGAACAACAAGGCCCUCGAGAAGGGGUAUCUGAGUGGGGAGUUGGCCGUCGAGCUGUGUCCUCAGGGGACUCUGGCCGAGAGGAUCCGUGCUGCUGGGGCUGGUAUCCCGGCUUUCUAUACGCCUACUGCUGCUCAUACUCUCGUGCAGGAUGGUGAGAUCCCCGUCCGUCUGGACCCUUCUGGAAAGGUCCUGGAGAAGGGAAAGAAGAGGGAAAUCAGGGAGUUUGAGGGUCGGUCGUUCCUCAUGGAGACCGCUCUCCGGGGUGACGUUGCCAUUAUACGGGCCUGGAAAGCGGAUAAGGCGGGGAACUGUGUCUUCAGAUACACGACAAAGGCAUUCGGCCCCCUCAUGGCCAAGGCGGCCAAGACGACCAUUGUCGAGGCCGAAAACAUCGUCGAGAUAGGCGAGCUCAAGCCCGAUGAGAUCCACCUUCCUGGAAUCUUUGUCGAUCGUAUAGUCCCCGCCACGGCCGACAAGACGAUUGAGGUCCUCAAGACCCGACCCAGCACUGCCGCGUCGGACAAGGGCAACAGGGAGGACAAGACCCGACCAACAGCCAAGAGCGGAGAUCAGGAGAGGAGGGACAGAAUCGGUCGCAGGGCGGCAGACGAGCUGCGGGAGGGAUACUAUGUCAACUUGGGCGUCGGUAUCCCCACCCUCGCCGCCACCUUCAUCCCCGAAGGACGCAAGUCAUUUGGCAUGAUUCGCGGCGGUCACGUCGACGUUUCCAUCCUCGGUGCCCUCCAAGUCAGUGCCACAGGCGACCUGGCCAACUACAUGAUCCCCGGCAAGGUCUUCAAGGGCAUGGGGGGAGCCAUGGACCUCGUGGCCAACCCUGAUCAGACCAAGAUUGUCGUGGCGACGGAACACGUCGCCAAGGAUGGAUCCUCCAAGAUUGUCCAGGACUGUAGCCUUCCCUUGACGGGGGCUCGGGUCGUGAGCACGAUCAUAACUGACCUGUGCGUCUUUCAAGUCGACAGGAUCAAUGGUGGUCUCACGCUGACCGAGUUGGCCCCCGGCGUGACGGUGGAUGAGGUCCGCGGCAAGACGGAUGCCUCAUUCGAAGUAGAGGGUGACCUCAAAGUUAUGGACUGA